UUGAAAAAUGUUUAGGCAUUAUAAUAUUAUACCUAUUUGUAAUGUUAUUAAUGUUAAUAUCAUAAUUCACAGACAUUUGUUGUUGAAUUAGAGCAAUAAUUGUAUUUAACUAUUUAUUCAACAACUAUGAAUAACUUGGUUUUAAGCUUAAGAUUUUCCCGGAAUAUUAAAUGCAUUCAGUACUUGAAUGUUCGAUUCUACUCAGAUUCUACUGUCAGAGUACGAUUUGCUCCAAGUCCUACUGGACAGUUACAUUUAGGUGGAUUUCGUACAGCACUUUACAAUUAUUUAUUUGCUAAAUCAAAAGGUGGUAAAUUCAUUUUAAGAAUUGAGGAUACUGAUCGUACAAGAGUAGUGGACGGUGCUGUAGAACAACUUCAAGAAGAUUUGAAAUGGCUGGGAAUUGAAUUUGAUGAAGGACCUAGUAAUAAUGGAUCAUAUGGUCCAUAUAUUCAAUCUGAACGCCUGGAAAAUUACCAGAGAAGAACACAGCAAUUGUUAAGUGCUGGACAUGCCUACAAAUGUUAUUGUACCGAGAAAAGAUUAGAGCUUUUAAGAAGAGAUGCAUUACGUACUAGAACUAUUCCCCGCUACGACAAUAAAUGUAGACAUUUAGAUGAUGAUGAUUUAAGAAACAAUGAAGGGAAAAAAUAUUGCAUCAGAUUCAAAUUGAACCAAAGUGAUGGRUUUUUCAAUGAUCUAGUAUAUGGUCACAUUGCAAGAAAUGUGGCAGCUGUUGAAGGAGACCCAGUAAUACUAAAAUCUGAUGGUUUUCCAACUUAUCAUUUAGCUAAUGUUGUUGAUGAUCAUGAUAUGAAAAUUACACAUGUCCUUAGAGGUGUCGAAUGGCAACCAUCAACAUCUAAACAUAUGUUACUAUAUAAAGCAUUUGGUUGGAAUCCACCAAACUUUGGACACUUACCAUUGUUGAUCAAUAAAGAUGGUACAAAACUUUCUAAGCGUCAAAAUGAUAUAACCAUUGACGCAUAUCGUCAAAAAGGCAUUUAUCCUGAGGCACUUUUAAAUUUUGUUAUUAGUUGUGGGGGAGGAUUUGUUCAAGAUAAAGAAGCAAAUAAUGUUUACAUAAAACCUCUAUCAGAACUUAUUUCUAAAUUUGAUAUAAGCUUAAUAAAUUCAAAUUCAUGUCAAGUCCCUCUGGAUAAGCUUGGACAUUUUAAUCAAGCUCAAUUAAAAAUUGAAUUAAACACAGAUUUAGGAAGGAAACGAACAACUGAAAAAUUAAAAAGUAUUGUUCAAAAUACAUUUUCUAACGACAAAUCAGUAGAAUUAGAUUUGUCUGAAAAUCAUUUAAACAAAAUACUUAAGUGGAGUAUUAAUAGAAUAACAAAUAUUAACGAACUAAUUCAUGAAAACUAUAAA